CAAGCCGCCUUCCUUUCCAGGCCAUUGCAAAUCGCAAUCCAACUCGAACUGCUCUCCCCGCUCCAGAUCGAUUCGCCCACGCCGCGCCGCCCGGCGAGCGAUCGACGAAUCGAUCCCGCUAGCCACCCCACCUCUCCCCUGCGCUAGAUCCGUCGAUAUGGCGCAGCCCCCCGCAGGCGGCGGCGGCGGCGGCGGCGGCCACCACUGGCUGGCGACGGCGCCCCCGGACCUCCGCGCCAAAGUGGUUAGAAAGAUAAUUAAGACUUUGCCCCGACCCAAUGGGCCGCCAGAUCAGCAUCAGCUUGCACACCUCCACGCCGUUGCCUCCCGAUAUGAGGCCAGGGUGUUCGGGGCUGCCACCAGCAUGCAAGAUUACAUUACGACAGUAAGCAAGAAGAUGACGCAGAUUCAGAACAGAGACCAAACGUCUGCCCAUGCUGCCUCAAACCUUCAGCAACCGGCGCAAAUGGGAUCCCAAAUGCAGCAGGCCAAUGCAGCGCAAGCUAAUUACUCUGUAAGGCCACUCCAAAUGGCACCGGCUGCCCGGCCGUCAGCAACACAUCAGACGCAACACCCGCCCAGCCAUAUCUCCAGUGGCUUGUGUAAUCUGCAGCCCCAGCCCCAGCCUCAGCCACGCUUGAUGGGGAUAAUGAAUCAGCAACACCUGAGGAGGGUCAACCAAAUGCAGCGGGUGCAGCAGGCCAAUGUCGCCGUGAUGCAGAAUGGGCACCCUGGAGGACAGAACAAGAACAACCAGCAAUAUGAAAGCCCUCCAACUUCAGAGAUAAUCACAAGGAAUAAUGCUGAAGAAGUCGAAUGGAGGGAGGACUUGUUCCAGAAGAUCACAUCACUCAAGGAUGCCCACUUCACUGAGCUCAUGGAAUACGACCGAGCGUUGGAUGUUUGCGAUAUAACAAAUGAACAGUUCGAGUCGAUGCCUGAAAAGAAAGCUGACAGAUGCAGGAAAUUACAAAAAAUCAAGGGAAUGAUACAGACUGUGCUGAGCUUCCUUCAGCUCCAGAAAGGCAACAUUCCCAAACAGGCCAUGGGCCAGUUGGGCAAAUUCCAAGACAUAAUAUCUGGUCUGCGGCAAUUCUUCAGGAUGGAAAGAAAAAAAGCUACGAUCGCAGCGAGGAACUGUCGCGAGCUGCCUCAUGUCGCGAGUCCAGCUGGCACCACGGCACCACCCACUAGUGGCAUGGAUACGCAGCAUGAACAUCGAGAGGUCCCUGCAGUUGAAACCAUCUCGUCGCAGCCAACACAGAGCAGUCCGACGAGAUCAACUCCCCUGGCUUUGGAACCAAAUGAGAGCAACACCGCCAACUUGGCAGGUGAAGCAGAGGAUGAUGGUCAGGCUGAGAUGCUGGGUGAAGCUGGGGCACCGGUAGCUGACGCGGCAACAUUCACCGGAGGAACAUGUAGCCAGGAAGAACAUCCAGCAGAUGAAACGGUUAUUCCUCAGAUGUCACAGAACGUUCCUCCUGGAGGAACAUAUAGCCAGGAAGAAGAUCAAGAGAAUACAGAAGACGAACCGGUUAUUUCUGAGUUGACACAGAACGCUCCUCCUGAAGGAACAUGUAUCCAGGAAGAAGAACAGCAAGAGCAGGCGGUCAUUAUCCCUGAGUUGACACAGAACGUUCCUCCUGGAGGAAUGACUCAACCGGCUCAGCAGCAAGACCGUAGCGCGGAUCAAGCCGAAUCACCCAACGAGGCCUGUGUCACAGCCGAAGCGCCGGUAUCCAUGGAUCAGCCACCGAUCAAGAGCGGAGACAAGGCGGAAGCGCUCCGCGGGUUAGCCCGUGAAUUGGGGCUGAACCUUGGGCGCAGCACCCGCCUCCGCAGGACCAUCGACAGCGUGUCCUGUGAGGAGGAGGAAACAUCGGAGCCUGAAUCCAAGAGGCAGAAAAUGCAGAGCUUCGGCUACGGCUACAUCACCGACAGAGUGCUGGACGAGGUCAGAGACGCGCACAGGGCGCUGCUCGAGACGGAGGUCAGCAUCAUCAGCGACACCACGGGAGCAGCUGCUGCAGCGGACGGUCCGUCGAUGGUGGUCGGGUUCUUCUACACCGCCGUGACGCUCCCGCCGGACUUCAGGGGGGCCUUCGAGGUGUCCGAGGUGUACGCGAAGCUGCUCGUCCCCGCCGAUUACCCACGGAGCUCUCCGGCGGUGCUGCCCCGCGGCGAACUGCGAGAGGGCUUUCCAUGCUCGGUGGACGCGGCGUUUCAAGACGCCUUCAGCAAGCUCCCGGAGCACAGAUCCAUCGUGGACAUUGCCAGGGCGUUUGACUCGUGCGUGCGGAGCGUCGUUGCUGAAUUUGUGAAGAUGAUUAGGAUGUGGGAAUUGGAAAGUUACAUGGAAUCGAGGAGGCAGUACAUGCAAAAUUAUGACCCUAGGAUGGGAUCAUGUAUAUGCAAGUAAGAAAAGUUCAAACUUGGUAUAUGUAGAACAUGUAUAGGAGGAGGAAAUUGUUUGCUGCAGAGCUGAUUCAAUAGUAAACAUGCAGGGAACAGCUGCCUUAAUUAUACCGUACAAUGUUGUUCAUGUUUAUGUGGAAAACAAUUUGGUGUUUGGCAUGGAAAAUUGCAUCUCCCUAG